AUGCGUAUGUGGGGUGUUACGCCAUUAUUGUCGUUAUAAUAUUAAUUAAAAUUUUAUAAAUUUGCGACGAACAUAAUACUAUUAAUUCAGAGACACAUACCUUUAAAUUAGUGUAAAGAAAACCAAUUAGUUUGGUGGAAGUUACGAGGAUUGCGAACUACGCUAAUUUCAUGUUUUCAAAGACUCAGAAUAAAAGUGAUAUUGCUCUCAGCAAAAGAUUAUCAUAUCUACUACGUCAUGGCGCUACAAAGGAAGGUUUGAAUAUUAAACCAAAUGGUUUUGUUGCAGUUAAUGAAUUGUUAAAUAAAUCACUACAUCAUUAUACUAUUGAUGAUAUCAAGAGAAUAGUAAAAGAAAAUAACAAACAGAGAUUUACUCUUAAGAUUAUUAAUGGUAUUUUAGAGAUUAAAGCAAAUCAAGGACAUUCUCUAUUCAAGAUCAAUGAAUUAAGUUUGAGAAUACUUGACCGCAUAGACUUUGACAUAAUUCAUGGCACCUAUUUGAAGUACUGGCCAAAUAUAAGAACAGAAGGUCUAUCACGUAUGAAAAGAAAUCAUAUUCAUUUUGCAAAGGGAUUAAAUUUUAUCAAUGGUUUACGUCAAAAUGCUGAACUUUUUAUUUAUAUGAAUUUUGAGAAAGCAAAGGAAGAUGGCUUAAUAUUUUUUGAAUCUGAAAAUGGUGUUGUUCUUUGUGCCGGAAAUUCAAAAGGAUUUAUUGAAACAAAAUAUUUUUUGAAAAUGAUUACUGCUUAUGAUCAAACAUUAAAUUUGAAUUAA